AUGUGGAGUCUACCAGCCGAUGUAAACACUUUGGAAAAAGGCAAGUUCAUAAGCUCUCCGUUUUGCUCAUACUCAUCGAGAUAUCAUCGCAAAAAUGAACUUAAUAACUACCUCUUAAGUGUCGAAGUUGAAGGCAAAGUCUCGGCACUGAUGGGUCUUGCUUCUGCCUCGGCAAAGUAUCGCCACAAAGAGGAGUCUUCGAUAAAGCGAGAGGUGUUUUCUUUAUCCUUGUCAGUUUAUGCAAGAAAAGGUUAUCUUGUUCCUGAAGCUCAUACGAAGAUCUCGGACCAAGGAGUAGAUUUCGAUGUUGAAGCGAUGGAAAUUGGCAUGGAAGAUAUCUUAAUUGUCACUUCAGAACACGAGAGGUAAGCAAGUCGAUUGACGAAAACUGAUCUAUAUUAGAUUCUCGCGCUCUUGGCAGCCUUUGAUGUUAGUUUAUUUAAAUCAUAGUGAGUGUGUCUUGUUUCAAAACUUCCCUUAAAUCUUAACAUGAGCGAGCUUAAGUGUAUUAGUUCUUUCAGACUUCCAGCAUGACAGCGUGCCCUUCUCAUUGUACGUAGAGAGUUUUUUCUGCUUGCUUCUACAAACUAAACAGACCCAGCAUAGAGGUGUCCGUACUAGAUGUGGAAUUAAAUCAAUUAACUGGGCACCUUGGAGCUCAAUUAAGUCUCCAGUGAAACACGUCAAUGAAUUAUGAGGUGACUUGCGAAGAAAGCAGAACGAAACAGGGUAAGGGGUUGGAGCAACUCACUAAAAAACUUUGGAGUUUAUUGAAAUUCGUCUUGUCCACUGAUAAAGCAUUCAGAUAUCAUCCGAAUAUACACCUUUUUGAAGAAUGACAAGAGACUACUUGCCUGUAGAAACCUGCACAUACAAUUAACUGAUAAUGAAAAUUUCCACUACAAUUAACUGAUAAUGAAAUUUCUCUUGUUUAAAUUUUAGAGAAGACAAGAAAACAGAGAAUACAGUCGAGUUUAAAGUAAGAGUACUCUUCUUUUCUAUCUCCGCAAAGUUGGAACAUAUUCACAAGAGUUCAGAAGUGAAGGGAUUUGUCAGGAUUGAUCAUUAUUCAUCUCAAACCGGAAAAUGGAAGAAUUGGGAAUAUGACGCUGAUUCCUUCAAUCAAGCAAUGGCCAAAGUUAAAGACCUUGAGAAGAAUAUGUAUAAUAUUCCAAACAUUGUUAAUCGUGAUCCUUACACAAAGCUCUUCGCCCUCCGCAUAGUGGUCACACCAAACGUGGGAGACACGGUUAAGGUAGUUGUGUGUCUUGAACUGGAAAAGAUGUUAAACGAACUCCAAGUAAUGUCUGUUUCAUCUCCUAAGUACCGUAUUGAUUUCCAAGUUGACAAAAUCAAACGGUCACUAAAAGACUUAAAAGACACUGCGAUGGAAAAAUAUUUCUUGAAAAGCCUAGAGGAAAUAAGACAAAGUAAUUCUAGAGCCUGA